AUGACGUUCACUUCACAGACACGGCUGUGCUCUAAGAGUAGGACAGCUCCACCAGGGUCAACCUUCUGCAAAGUGCGGCCGAUGCCUCUCUCGGAAGCCGAAGUGAUGUCAGACAUCACCCAGGUUACACUCCCUCUCGAGACCCAAAACCCCAGCACUCGGCGUGUAGAAGAGAGCCGACAGCAGUGCACCGCUACGCAGCCGCACUCUCCUAGCUCACACGCGCGGCCUCCGGCCGCCCGCAACCCGCAGCGCCGCCAGCCGGCCCUCGCCCCUCGCGCCGCCGCUCCGGCGCCCGCUGAUGGCGUCACCACGCUUCCGCCUGCGGCUGCGUUCUACUCACAAGCCAGGAAGGAAGCUGGGUGGACUGCGGGGCCAAGUGGGGGAGCAGCGAGGACAGAAAAGCCAUCGGGCGCUCUUGGCGCCCGGGCCGUAUCCGCGAGUCAGUGCUCUGGCACAGCCAGCCUCGAAAGCCGGCCGGUGCGUCUCUGCGGAAUUCCCGGCGCCCCGCCGCGCCCGGCGCUCCCGCCCUCCUGCCCCGCGCUCCCCGCCCUCAUAUCGCGAGACGCGGUGAGAGCUGGCGGAGCGGCGGCCGCGGCAGUAGAGGUGACCGAGGCGGUGGCGGCGCGGGCGGCCCAGAGCGCCGAGUGGGCCCCUGAGCGGCCGGAGUCGCGGUAG